GGAAGAUUUGGCAGCAAUAAAGAAAAUGCCUGUACAAACCAGGGCAGGGAGGAGAUUUCAGGAGAGCAUCUGGUUACAGUAAACAAACAUCGGGACAGCCUUUUGUAAGCAAUACGAUGCCUGGACUCUUGAAAAAGACUUUGUUCUCCUUGGCUUCCAUAUUGAACACAGCAUCAGUUGUGCUUCUUGUUGUAGCUCUCGCCACCCAGAAGUGGGUGACUGGGAAGAUCCUGUGUAAGACUGGAGCUGACCUUGUCAACGCAUCAGACCCAGAACUGGUCAAAUUUAUUGGAGACAUUUACUAUGGGAUGUUUCAGGGAGGUAAAAACCGGCAGUGCGGUCUAGGUAAUCGACGCUCACAAAUCUACAUUUUUCCUCAUCUGGUGAAAAAGCUGAAUGCUGCCCUUCACGUGAUAAUCAUCCUCUUCCUCUUCAUCGCAAUAGCUUUUGCCCUGGUCAGUCUCGUAUUCUGUAUAUACAAUGCAAGGAAGAUUCCAUACCAGUCUAUUAAGGGACCAGCAGGAAUAUACUUGUGGAACUUCAUUGCAGGUCUGUUUGGAGUCUUUGGAAUCGUCAGCUUUAUCACCGCUCUGAAGCUUCACCGCCUGACUGAAAGAGUGGCCAAUUUUCCUGAAAAUGUGUUCCAGUUUGUUACCUUGGAAGAACAUUAUGGCUUCUCUUUCUGGCUGUGCGUGGCAAGCACUGCAACUCAUGGGGCAAACUUUUUAGUCGUGGCUAUCACUGGGAUCCAUUUCCCCAAAGUAAAGACUAAAAAACCUGAAGAACCAACUGUUACAGCUGAUGACCUCCUGUACUGAGCAACAUUGUGAAAUAUGCAAAAGAUAAUGAAUGCAGUCGGAGCAUUUCAACAGAAAUCCCAGCUGAUGUUUUUACUUGAUUAUUUUAUGCACUGUGAAGGAAGUAGGACUGUUUAAUCAAGGAAUGAAAAG